AUGGCGAUGGAUCAAUUUAAUAGAGAAUUAUUAAAACUGCUUUCACUUGGAAAUGACAAUCAAAAUAGCAUCAUUAGACGACUUGAUGAUCUUGCCAAACAGUUUGGAACUAUAAUGUUAGGAAAAUGGCGAAAUUUAUCGAAUAACAAAAAUUCUUUAUUGCACGAAUUAGUUGAAAGAAAAUUAGAUGAUGUGCUUCAUUACGCUAUGGGAAAAUAUGAAUUAGAUAUAAAUGUUAGACGUGGUUCGGAUGGUCUCACACCUUUUCAAUUGGCUUCAGUCAAUAAUGAUCAAACUAUGUGUAAUCUUUUGAAACAGCUGGGUGCCAAUGCAAUACAGACUGAAGAUGUUUCAAAAUGGUCGCCUGAUGCAGAUAGAGAAAAGUCAAUGAAUAUUGUAUGGAUUGAUUUAGAAAUGACAUCUAUUGAAGAACCUGAAAUUUUAGAAUGUGCUGUUAUUAUUACCGACAAGGAUCUUCAAGUAUUAGAUCGAGAGGGACUUGGUAAAUGGCACCAGGAAACAUUUGCAAAUCAAAGUCAAGGUGGGAAUGGUUUAUUUGCUGAUGUUUUAAAAUCAAGGCUUACAAAGGAACGAGUAGAAGACGAAUUAUUAACUAAACUCAAACUUUAUUGCCCGGAGAAGAUGUGUCCAUUAGCUGGUAGUUCGAUUCAUAUCGAUAAACAAGUAUUAAAACUUCAAAUGCCGAAAGUUCACGAUUAUUUACAUUAUCGAAUUAUCGAUGUCAGCUCAUUUCAAGCGAUAAUGAGAAGAUGGGCACCUUGGAUUGAAGGAAAAAUAAAGAAACAAUUGGCUAGAAAUGGUCAGGACACAGUUAAUCAUCGAGCAAUGGACGAUAUUGAAUGGUCAAUAUCGUUCAUGAAAGAAUUUCGAGUAUUUCUGGCUAAGCCAAAUGAUGUGCAUAAUCGCAAAAAUGAAGCACCGAAAAAUCGUCGCCGAAAUCAUAGUACGUCUCCAUCAAGGAGUGCACAAAAUUAUUCAGUUCCGAGAAAUCGUCAAGCUGAUAAUAAACCGCAAUUAUAUGGUGAUGAGAAACGAUUGCUUGAACGAUUAAAACAAGAGGAACAGUUUGAUGUAGAAAGUUUGAAGCUAAACAAAAAAGACCGACAAAUAUAUGAAGAAAAUCAACAUUUACGUGAAGUUUUUAGAAGCAGAGAAAAAUUACAACUUUAUCAAAAGGAUUUUACUAGUGAAAUGCGCCUUCUUGUUGCAGCGCCUAAAGAAUUCGAUAAUAAGAAUGCCGAUUCCAGAAAAAUAAACACUACCGAACAUUGGGGACAAAGAAAAUUGCUUCUAACAGAAAUAGAAUUUCUUACAAAUUACGGUGCUGAUGGGAACUAUUUGGUCAUUUAUGCUGGUGCUGCACCGGGUUCCCACUUAAAUUUUUUAAGUUUAUUAUUUCCAAAACUUGAGUUUGUUCUCAUCGAUACAACGGAGUUUGAUGUAAAACCAACAGAAAGAGUUAAAAUUCGAUCCGAAUCAUUCAAUUCAAAUUUAGCACAACAAUUUGCAGGUUUACAGCGUGAUUUAUUAUUUAUUUGCAACGUUCACACAUUCAAUGAUUACAAAAAUCAACAAGACGAUAUUAUAGAUGACAUGGAAAAUCAAAAAAUCUGGCAUAGGUUAUUGAAACCUAGCAUGUCUUUAUUAAAUUUUCGGCUGCCGCAUAAGCCUGGCGCAACUGAAUAUCUUAAAGGUACGCUUGUCAUUGAACCAUGGGCUUCGAAACGAUCGAGUGAAUGUCGAUUAAUUGUUAAGAAAGAUGCAACAGUGGCAAAGUACGAUAAUGCUUUAUUUGAGGAAGAUCUAAGUUACUUCCACAAUGUGACUAGAAUCAUGCAUUACGAACAUAACAUAGAAUAUGAUAAAGGCCAAGGCCUCGAUCAUUGUUACGAUUGUCGAGCAGAAAUCUUCAUCUUACAGCAGUAUCUAUCCAAAGUUCAAAAAAUUACAAAAGAAAGUGAUUUAGUCAUCAAAACGGUUGAAUUGUCAUCCAAUAUAUCGCGAAAUAUUGUGAAUAAAAAAAGAGAACAAGUUCUGGGUAUUGCAAGGGCACUGGACUCUAUUAAAAAAAAUGGGAUGGGUGCUUCGAAUGAACAAAAAUAUAAUUUUUGA